AUGUCUAGCAAAAACACUGUGAGGUGCCAAAGCAGCAGCCGCCGUGGCUUCACUGCCAACUCAGCCAGAGUCCCCGGGCUCAGCCGCUCUGGCUUCAGCAGUGUCUCUGUGUGCCGCUCCAGGGGCAGCGGUGGCAUUGGGGCGGUGUGUGGAGGAGCUGGCUUUGGCAGCAGGAGCCUCUAUGGCCUGGGGGGCUCCAAGAGGAUCUCCAUCGGAGGGGGCAGCUGUGCCGCUGGUGGAGUCUAUGGCAGCAGAGUUGGAGGUGGAGUCGGCAGUGGACUCGGUUAUGGUGGUGGACUUGGUGGUGGUUUUGGGCUCGGUGGUGGAGCUGGCUUUGGUGGUGGCUAUGGGGGCGCUGGCUUCCCCGUGUGCCCCCCUGGAGGCAUCCAAGAGGUCACCAUCAACCAGAGUCUCCUCACUCCUCUGAACUUGGAGAUCGACCCCACCAUCUACCGAUUGAGGACUGAGGAGCGGGAGCAGAUCAAGACCCUCAACAACAAGUUCGCCUCCUUCAUCGACAAGGUGCGGUUCCUGGAGCAACAGAACAAGGUCUUGGACACCAAGUGGGCCCUGCUCCAGGAGCAGGGCACCAAGACAGUCAGGCAGAACCUGGAGCCUUUGUUUGAGCAGUACAUCAGCAACCUCAGGAGGCAGCUGGACUCCAUCCAGGGAGAGAGAGGCCGCCUGGACUCAGAGCUGAGGAACAUGCAGGACACUGUGGAAGACUAUAAGAGCAAAUACGAAGAUGAAAUCAACAAGCGCACAGCAGCAGAGAAUGAAUUUGUGACCUUGAAAAAGGAUGUGGAUGCUGCUUACAUGAAUAAGACUGAACUGCAAGCCAAGGUAGACAGUCUUGUCGAUGAGAUCAACUUCCUGAGAGCCUUCUAUGAUGCAGAACUGUCUCAGAUGCAAACCCACAUCUCAGACACCUCUGUGGUCCUGUCCAUGGACAACAACCGCAGCCUGGACCUGGACAGCAUCAUCGCUGAAGUCAAAGCCCAGUAUGAGGACAUUGCUCAGCGCAGCCGGGCUGAGGCUGAGUCCUGGUACCAGACCAAGUAUGAGGAGCUGCAGGUCACAGCAGGCAGACAUGGGGACGACCUGCGGAACACCAAGCAGGAGAUCGCUGAGAUCAACCGCAUGAUCCAGAGGCUGAGAUCUGAGAUCGACCACGUCAAAAAGCAGUGCACCAACCUGCAGGCCGCCAUCGCUGAUGCUGAGCAGCGUGGGGAGCUGGCCCUCAAGGAUGCCAGGAACAAGCUGGAAGGUCUGGAGGAUGCCCUGCAGAAGGCUAAGCAGGACAUGGCCAGGCUGCUGAAGGAGUACCAGGAGCUCAUGAAUGUCAAGCUGGCCCUGGAUGUGGAGAUCGCCACCUACAGGAAGCUUCUGGAAGGCGAGGAGUGCAGGCUGAAUGGCGAAGGUGUUGGACAAGUGAACAUCUGUAAGUACCUGGCUUCCCUGCCUCCCCUACCUCAGCCCACUGUGGUGCAGUCCACCGUCUCCAGCGGCUAUGGCGGUGUCGGUGGCAUGGGCAGCGCCGGAGGCCUGGGCGCAGGCAGCGGCUACUCCUACAGCUCUGGUCACAGCCUUGGAGGUGGCUUCAGCUCUGGCAGUGGCAGAGGCAUCAGCAUUGGGGGCGGCCUCAGCUCUGUCGGGGGCAGCACGUCCUCCAUCAAGUACACCACCUCCUCCUCCAGCAGGAAGAGCUACAAGCACUGAAGUCCUCUCCGCUCCUGGCCGGGGGCUCAGUCCCUCUGCCUACAGGGCUCUCUCCUCGGGCCCUUGUCCUCCCCGCCAUCUGCUCUGUCCUUAGAGCUGAGCACGGGCGGGUCCCCCUGUUUACUCUCUGUUCCCCUUCCUCCCUAGCUGCUGGCCUUCAGAAUCUCAACCUGUGAUUCCCCGUCACGAUUUACUCACAUCUGGUUCCUCACUGUGCUGCUCAGUUAUCAGGUUCUUACCUGCAUUGUCGGUAUCUAUCUCUGAGUUGGAACACUGCAGCAGAAUUCUCUUCCGCUCUGUACUGGCAGAAGGCCCUCCCCGGGCCCUACUUAAGAACAGCGCCGCGUCCCCUGAUCUCAGUCUCAC